AUGGUUCGCCGUACUGCUUCCCAAACCCCCUCGCGACCCGCGAGCCCUCCAGCCGACGACGUUGAGGAAGGGCCUUACUUCGACACAGUUGACGAACUUCAACAGCAUGGUAUCAACGUGCAGGAUAUCUUAAAGCUCAAGGCAUGCCCCAUCACGCCUCUUCUUUGUGUUGCUGACAAAGUCUUCCAGUCUGCGGCUAUAAACACAGUCUCUGGUGUCAUUAUGACGACCCGGAGGCAACUGCUAAAGAUCAAGGGAAUGUCGGAGGCGAAGGUGGAGAAAAUCAAAGAAGCUGCGCACAAGAUCCUGGGUUCCUCUUUUGCCACGGGGCUCGAGGUGCAAGACAAACGAAGACGCGUAAUCAUGAUCAGCACCGGCAGCAAGGCUGUUGAUACGAUCCUAGGUGGUGGUAUCAUGUCUCAGUCUAUCAGCGAAGUCUAUGGCGAGUAUCGUACUGGGAAAACGCAGCUUGCCCAUACCAUGAGCGUUAUCGCUCAACUCCCUCCCGACAUGGGCGGAGCAUCUGGGAAGGUGGCCUAUAUCGAUACCGAAGGGACCUUCCGACCAGAUCGUAUCCGCGCCAUCGCUGAUCGCUUUGGAGUAAACGGAGACAUGGCGCUAGAGAACAUCCUUUACGCGCGUGCAUUCAACAGCGAGCAUCAGGCAAGUCCGAAAUUGAUCCUCUUACCCUACUUUGCUAAUAUGGAACUCAUCAAUGAAUGUUCGAUCCGCUUCGCCGAAGACAAAGAUUUCAAACUCAUCAUCGUGGACAGUAUCAUGGCCUGCUUCCGGACGGACUACUCUGGCAGAGGGGAGCUGAGCGAGCGUCAGCAGAAGCUCGCGCAAAUGCUAUCCAAGCUUAGCAAGCUGUCAGAGGAAUACAACAUCGCCGUCCUCAUGACGAACCAGGUACAAUCUGAUCCGGGCGCCACGAUGACCUUCGUUGCUGGCGGCGCCCUAAAGCCCAUCGGGGGUCAUAUCCUCUCGCACGCAUCGGCCACCAGGAUGUUCCUUCGUAAAGGACGAGCGGAAGAACGUGUUGCCAAGCUGGUGGACAGUCCGGACAAGCCUGAAAGCGAAGCCUCCUACAAGCUGGACGAAGGUGGCUGGGCUGACGUCUGAUGCACUCCCUCUUGCUCGAAGAACCUACCUGCUCGUCUCGUACUGUCACCGCUCUGUUUCACUGUGCUCACCUGGCUUUGUGCUCUCGGUCUACUUGUUGCUGUGACGCCUUUGCGACCUCAGAUUCCCUCUCGGCCUUUCAAUCCUUCUGCACUGGACUUUUGUGGGUAUCUCGUUACCGUACUACAUGUAAUCAAUACUACUGAGAUAUGUAUCGU